AUGAGCACUGAGGAUUUCUUAACCGAGCCUUGUAGGCAUAUACUUUUGGAUCCGAUUAAUGCGAAAGAGCGGGAAUGCAAACGACUUAAGGUUAACAUAGAUGACGCCCCGGUCGCAAAGUACUAUAGGUGUCCGAAUUUGGAAGCUUCUGAUUCAUGCUCUAGGGCAUAUAGUAACUUCUGCUCCUUAAAAUGCAUUUGUGGCAAGUUUAUGGAAAAGGAGAUAAACACAAUGGAAGGUUGUCCUAAAGAAAUAUUUGGCAGCGGGAAGAAGUCUUUCAUCAUUUUAGACAAUAUGGAAGUGGGAUUUUGUUCCAUUGUCCUCACCUUGAAGGCACUUAGAGGACUCGGUUAUACAGAUCUUAAUAAGCUGGAUGAGAUGCUUGUGGACGUUGGUCACACAGAGGUACUAGCUUUGCUGGAAUGCUUAUUCUCUUCGGAUACUCCCUUGACGGAUGUGUUCUUGAUGAAACGGAGCUCAUGUAUUAUUACAAGGACACAUAACAUGCCAAACCUAGCCGUGCCAGCUUGUGGUAAAACAAAACCAAAUGAGCUACCAUCAGUCACUGUAUUUGUUAGGAAGCAGGACAAGAAAGUUCUUUAUGCCGAAAGCGGACAAGAAUUUGUGGAUUUACUACUCAGUUUCCUGGCUGUCCCUUUGGAGUCAUUAUGGAAAAUAUCCGGAGCCAAUAUUAAACUGGGAUGCAUUGGCACCUUUUAUAAAAGCAUGAAGAGUUUGAGCUCUAGCGAAGGCACAACAAGUGUAUUGACUUGCACAUCUAUGCUUCCUAUGAACUAUAAUUUCCAGGCACCGCGGCUUGAUGUCUGUAGCAAAGAUUAUAGUGUGUGGACAGUCAGAGGGAGUGCUACUAGAUGCACCCUCUAG